UAGGUGGAAAUGGAACGUAUUACAACUCAUGAAUAAUUCGCAUUCUAAAGGGAGUGUUGGCUUUACAGCAGUCUGCUUUCAGAGUGCAUUGUUUGACAAAGGCUGCCUGGAAAACCUAGAAAGUUUGCCACCAGGAGGGUGGAGCUACCCACUCCGUGCAUUUGUCUGCAGGUCAUUCUCUCCUGGGCCUGUUUCUUCACCCAAAAAAUGAAGAGUUGGAUUCUGCUGCCUAUUCUGGUCGAUUGGCUGUGCCUGCCUAGUUGAGAGGGAGACUGUGCAGAAGAGGACUUUUACUCGAUGGAUAAAUCUACAUCUGGAGAAGUGCAACCCACCUCUAGAAGUUAAAGAUUUAUUCAUUGAUAUCCAAGAUGGCAAGAUCCUAAUGGCUUUGUUAGAAGUCCUGUCUGGGCGAAAUCUGCUGCAUGAAUACAAAUCCUCAUCCCACCGUAUUUUUCGGUUGAACAACAUAGCGAAAGCACUUAAGUUUUUGGAAGAUAGCAAUGUGAAACUUGUUAGCAUCGAUGCGGCAGAAAUAGCGGAUGGCAACCCCUCUUUGGUUCUUGGGCUGAUUUGGAACAUAAUCCUCUUCUUCCAGAUUAAAGAGCUCACGGGCAACCUCAGCAGAAACUCUCCAUCUUCCAGCCUGUCACCCGGCUCGGGGGGCACAGACUCAGACUCUUCCUUCCCACCCACGCCCACCGCAGAGAGGAGUGUGGCGAUAUCGGUGAAGGACCAGAGGAAGGCCAUCAGGACACUGCUGGCCUGGGUGCAGAGGAAAACGAGGAAGUACGGCGUGGCGGUGCAGGACUUCGCCGGCAGCUGGAGAAGCGGGCUGGCUUUCCUGGCCGUGAUCAAGGCCAUCGACCCCAGCCUGGUUGACAUGAAGCAGGCGCUGGAAAACUCCAUGCGGGAAAAUCUAGAGAAGGCUUUCAGCAUCGCCCACAAUGCCCUCCAUAUCCCCAGGCUCCUGGAGCCGGAAGACAUCAUGGUUGACACGCCGGACGAGCAGUCCAUCGUGACUUACGUGGCACAGUUUCUAGAACAUUUCCCAGAGUUGGAAGCCGAGGAUUUUGUGGAUUCAGAACAAGAAGCCCCCAUUGAAUCCACCUUUGUUCGCAUCAAAGAAACCCCUUCCGAACAGGAGAGCACCAUCUUCCUUCUGCCUGAGAAUGGGGAACGUGCCUACACCGUCAACCAUGAAACCAGCCACCCACCACCCUCCAAAGUCUUCGUCUGCGACAAGCCUGAGAGUGUGAAGGAACACUGCCUGGGCGGUGUUUCCAGCCAGGAGCUGUCAGACAGCUCCACCGAGAUCAUGCAGCAGAUCAUCGACCAGGUUCUCCAGGGGGUGCCGGGGAAGACCAACGACACCAGUGAGCCGCCUCCAGAAACUUCCAUCUUAUCAUCCAGAAAGGACAACCGGAGGUCCAACUCUCUGCCAAUCAAGAAAACUGUGCACUUCGAGGCUGACAUCUACAAGGAUGCCUCCUGCAGUGAGGACCCUUCCUACAGGCAAGACUUUCGCUUCGAAGGGAGCCCAAGAGGAACAAAGGAGUUGUCCAAGCAGGAUGGACAUGUCUCGGCAGUGGAGGUUGCUGAAGAAACACCAAAACAGGAAGCCCCAAAGGUCCUGGAAGCCGCCUCCAACAAGGCUCCUGGCGAUGUGUCUUUGGUGGAUGCGAAGGUCAAUCAUUCUCAGGCAUUCCAGACCUCUCCCUCCUGGGAUGGGGCGUCAGAGAGGGCAGGCAGCCCCGAGGAAGAAAGUCGGCCCCUCUCACCCCUUGGAGAUAAUACCGUCAUGGCUGAAUCCUUGGAGAUCAAGGUUAAACUGCUGACUGUAGAAGCUAUGGAUAAAGAGGACUAUUUCGAGGGCAUCCCAUUAAAAGCCUCUAAGUUUAACAGCAACCUCACAGAUUUUGCCUCCACCAGCCAGGCCUUCAACGAGGUUCCUUUGCCUCAUGAGAACAAACCUGCCGAAGAUGGGGUAUUGGAGGAUCAUUUGGAGAAACUGGGUAAGAGGAGGGGUAAAUCUGCCCACAAAAAGAUGGAUUCGGAAGAGCCUCCGGUGAUGCCCAACCAGCACGCACCUCCCAAGGACCCUGGAGCAGAGGACCAAGGCUGUUCUUCGGCCCCCGAGGAGGCAGCUGUGGAUAAAAAGCCAGAAGUGUAUGAAAAGGCCAAGCGAAAGUCUCCACAUCGCCAUCAAGGGGAGGAGGAAGGGGACCCCAACAACGCACAGGGGCUGGGGGGAGAAUUACCCUCCAGCCCGCCCAGCAGCAACGUCAGCUUGGAGACCCUCCAGAGCCCCAGUGAGGAAGGCCUGGAUUUCAGGCUGUCGCCGCCGCUCUCCAAGAUCUCCGUCAUCCCCCACGACCUCUUCUAUUACCCACAUUACGAGGUCCCCCUGGCGGCGGUUUUGGAGGCUUAUGCCGAAGGUUCAGAGGAUUUGAAAAAUGAAGACAUGGACCUCGAAGAAUCAGAGGGCUACCUGCCGGACCUGGGGUCCAGGGAGGAGGGGGCCGACGAGGCUGAGGGCUCCCAGAGCAGCUGCAGCUUCCUGGGGCUGCGUGAGGACCUCUCCUGGGCCAGCAUCACGGAGGAUGCCAGACCAGCCUCUGAACCCGCUCCCCCAGCCCCGCGAGGGGACCACCAGCAGAGUGAGGCUGAAGAGAGUGCCCCGGGGGAGAGCCAUCAGUCCCAGGAAUUCCCCAAGUCGGAAAACUUAGCAAACCCUUUAGAAGCAAAGGUAAUGGAAGAAUCGAUCAGCAGUAAAAAAAAGGAGAAAAGGAAACAUGUGGACCACGUAGAAAGUUCGAUAUUUAUAGCGCCCGGAACUGUUCAGUCCUCAGAUGACCUCGAAGAAGACACUGGCGACCACAAAGUCCCCUCCAGGACAAGUCACAGUGACUCCAGCAUUUACAUUCGACGACAUACUGAUAGAUCUUUGGAAUCGGAUCAUUUUAGCUAUGUUCAGUUGAGGAACGCAGCAGAUCUGGACGACAGAAGAAACCGAAUGUUAACCAGGUACAAUACUCAGAAGCUCACUGAGCUGAUUUUACAGUUUUAUGGCAUCAGAGCAGACAUGAAGAGGGAAUGCAAACAUGCCAGGAUGUCUAUGAAAGCCAACAACUCUGGUGAAGCCAGGCUGCAGGAGAGCCGCAGCCCACGGAGCGACUCGCUGACGCAGUUCAUCCAGCAGCCCGACACGAUGUACUUUGUUCUCUUCCUCUGGCUGCUGGUUUACUGCCUGCUGCUCUUCCCCCAGCUGGACGUCAACAGACUCUGAUGCGUGCGUCUGCGUAAUAAAAGAGACAGGACCCUGACCCGGGGUGGGACUUCUAACUUCUUUUUAUUUCCCAUUCCUGAUGGGGCACUUCUGCAAACAGUUGAGAACCUCCGAAGAGAGUUAGCCUCCCUCUCCCCACGUUUUGUUUUCAGGUCUUCUUUUCCUCUUGUAAGUCCUAAGCAUGCUUUUCCCUUUGGCUGCAUACUCGACUCUCAGGCGUGUGGCUGGACCCGUGGGUGGGGUUUGUUCGCGUGCCUUGCUUUGUCAGGUGUUCAGCUGUGUUACUAAUACUUAGCCAUAACUGGGUCUCUGCUCGCCCCACGUGCAUGUUUUUCAGGCCUGGGAUGGACUUGGAGUUUCUCACCUCCUGAUGAGAAAGAGGAUGGAUGCCCCAGGCAGGGCCUCCACUGGGUAGAAAACCGCCAUGUUUUCCUCCGAGAGGGGAGUUUGAGCCAAGAUUCGGGGUGGGGGGGGAGGUCCAUGCACCUGUUGUGGUUUUGUCCUGUUCUUUGGGGGCUCCCCCAAAGCUGCCGUCUUCAGGGAAGCGCGUCCGGGAACGGCAAAAUCCGAGCAAAGUGGAAGCUGGGUCGUGAGUCACAGCGCACACUUGUUCACCCUUGGUUUUCCUUGGGGGUUGGGGGACAUGCCUUUUAAAUUCACAUUUGCAUUAAUUGAAUUGAGGUAAAAGCUGUGAUUUUCAAACCUUCUCCAUCCAUGGAACCCUCUUUUCAAGUGAAUUCUCAGGGAGCCGGGCUAGUUGAUACAUUAAAAGCGGAGCUUUGGCUGGGGUUCCUCUCGCUCUGCCUUGGCAGCCUCCUGGCUUCCAUUCGUGGCUCCUGAGGCAUCUGUGUGGGCACCCAAGGCCCCCAGGGCACUGUAAAUGGAAGCCCCCAAAGCCCCGAGGAGAUGGGCCUGGCUGAGAAUGAGCUCCCCUGACUUGUUAGAGCAGGAGUGGUCCAGCCGAUCUUGUUCCGAGAGAGCCUUUGUGCACACCUGCCUCGGGAUGCAAUUCUCAGCACGGGCAUCCUUUGUGGUCAGUCAUAACAGGUCUCUUGAAAAGGAAAAGGGUUGCUAGAAAGCGCCCCUAGAAGUAAGCCGAACAGGCACUUAGGGAGAGGACAGAGGCAGCCAGCGGCCCUUCCGUCUUCCUUCUCCUGGGCUCCCUCUGCUCCCCGUCUCCUGCUGAGAUACAGGUCAUAGCGACCCUGUGUGUUACUUCCUUCUCCCAGUGUCCUCCUCCUCAGAAAGCAUGUGUGAGCUGAGACUUACAGAACCCCAGACAGUGAGGUCAGGAGAGGACAGCAUCUCCUCUGCUGAACUCAGAGACGCAGAGCCAGUUGACCAAGAUCACACAGCCAACCAGGAACAGACUUGCAGGAAUACUCAGGCCACUCGAUGCCCAGUCCAGAGCUGUCCCCUCUUUCAGGAAACAUCCAUUGGGCCCAUGAAUGUCCUGAAAAAAAAAAUUAAUAAAAUGAAUAGAUAAGAAUGUCCUCAUUUAAACAAAACCAAAGUUCUUAGGCCAACAGUCAACCUUUGUUUUUUCUUGUAUUUUUCCCCAGAGGAAAUGUUGUUCACUCUCAGGCUUGUCCCUCAUUCCUUCUGGAAGGUCCUUGACAUCUCUGACAGCUUGUCAGCUGACAUACCAGCAUUGUCCUUACUCCAGGCGUCACGGUCCUCUCUCGGCAAGCCAAAGGCCUGCUUGUUUCAAGCAGUGGGGUUCAAGUUUUCAGAAUUCUAGCAUGGCCAAAGGAAUUUACAUAGCACAUUUCAGUCGAUGACAGCCGGAAUCUGGCCUCUAACCCACUCCUGUUAUAGCCUGCUUUCUCUCCACGAACGAACCUAAGCCUUCCAAGCUGGAAGCUGUUGGGAGCUUGGAGUGAUUCCAUCUUGAAGGCCAAGUGUCCCGUGGAAAAUGAGCUAAUUAAUGAGCUCCCUGGCAUCAAUGAAAACUCAAAGGUACAGAUAAUAAAGAUGAUGUGUGUGAUAUUUUAUGACCCUGGACACCAUGCCGUCCUCACCUAAAUUAAACGCUUGAAGAGCCGACCCAAACGUUAAUCAUUUCAUUUUACGGGUCUAGACCUUGUUCAGAAAAGUCUCUGCAGGCUUCUUCUCUCCCCAUUACAAAGUGUAAUAUUGUUUAAAGCCAUCUACUGGCAAGAUGCCUGAAAGUCAUUUGGUUCAGGUUGGCAGCAAACUGAUUUUUUUUUGUAAGAAAAAAAAAAUCCUCUCUUGAGUCUAGGCUUGUGUGGGAGAAGCCAGAUACAGAAGAAGGUGGAUAAGAAGCCUGCAGGACAGAUCACCCCGUGGCUUGUAUUUUUUUUAAGAAUUUAUUUUCAAUUCUUAUCCAAGUAAUACAUGUUCAUGGUUUUAAAAGAAACAAAUACUGUGAGGCUUUUAAUGAAAACUAGCAGUCCCUCUGUCUUGCUCCCCAGAAGUAACUCUUUGAACUCCUUCAGCUGUUUCUUCUAAUAUUUACCUUUGCAUUUCUACAUAACGUGCUUAUGUUUCUUUUUUUUUUUUUAAUUAAUUUAGAAACAUCUAGUGGCUUGCUAUUUGGUAGGUAAGGAUCUUGCUCUUGCCCAAACUGCGUUUUGUUUUUCCAGUAUUGUUCAAUUGUGUCAUUUGGAGCAUCUCUGUUCAGUGUGAGCAUAUGAGGGCUGUUGAUGUCUGAGCCAAGUAGUGUACUAUAGUUGCAUGUCCUUUCUCAGCAAAAUUUUUCUCCCUUGGUGAUGAUGAUGAUAAUGAAGACUUUGGUGUGGCACAUUUCUUAGUAACUUCCUGAGAAAAGGAACGUGGGAAGUAAAUAUUAUAAAUAUUUUGAGAUUUUGCUUAACUUAAAACGUCUUCAUUCUGCCCUUUCCCAGGUAUAGCUGCAUAUAGAAUUGUGAGUGGAAAAUAAUACCCUCCCACAGCCCCCCCAACAUGGUUGUUGAAAUUCCUGACGCCAUUCUGAUUCAUUUAGACAUGACUUGGGUUUCUCCCCUCUCCCAGGACACGUUUAAGAUCCCUUCAUUCUUAGUGAUCUGAGUUGCCCUGAUGGCAUUGAAUCCUUGAUGCUGGGCUCUCAUGGGAACUUUCUUAAAUUUUCUUGUAAUUGUUCACAUUCUUUAUUUCUGGACAACCUGUCAUUCCAAUGUUGGACCUCCCAGACUAACCCUUUAAUUUUUUUUAUCAUUUCUAUUUCUCACUUCUUAAUUUUUUUGAUCUGAUUAUGAGGAAAAUUACUCAGCUUUUAUCUUCUCAGUAUACCUGUUGAAUGUUUUAUUAAUUUUUAAUUUGCAAAACAUUUGGUGGCUGUUUUCUUGUUUCUGUUUUAUAGUGUCCUGUUCUUGUUUCAUAGGUGCAGAUCUUACCUCUCUGUGGAUGUUCAUGAUAGUGGGGUUUGGGGGAAGUUCUUUUCUGCUCUCUAUUUUGCCUUUAUUUCCUCUUAACUCCCCUUUCUCUUGGCCAGUCUCAGUCUCUUUCAUGUUACAAGUUUCCUUCAGAUAUCUAGAGAUCCCGUGAAUCUGUUCAUGUGUAAGAAUGAUACAUCAAAAAAAUGGAUAGGAAGCUCUGUGUGUGAACUGAUGGGUUUUUCUUUAGGGUCACCAGGUGGGCACCUGGACUUUUCAUGGGAGGACCACACAUAUCACUAUUUGCAGGUCUUUUCUCUGGGACUCAAAUUGUGUUUCUUUAGAGAUAUUUCCACUUCUCUCCUGCCUGAGAAAAAGAGGCAUACACACGGCUGCUACAAGCCUGUGCAAUGCUCUCGUGCAGUUUCAAAAAAGGUAUUCCCUCUAGGUGUAUGGCUUGGAAAGAGGUGCCCCUCUGGGCACAAGCCACCCAUGGGCAGUUGGCCAAACUGGCAGAAGGCAUCUUUUGUCUCUUUCUCCAGGGCAAGGCUUGAGGAGCAGAGUGAGGGCUAGGUUUUAACUCCCAGUUGUCUCCUUAGCCAAGUGCCUUUGUGCAGUGCACAGACUGUAGGGCUGUACCCAGGGGUCCUGGCGCACACCCGAGUGCCUGCCUCCUGACCUCUGAGCAGGCAUCUCAUCACAGUUAGUAUGCAGACUCACAGAAUUGCUCCUGCCUCACUGUGCCUGGUGUUCCAGGCCUGGAGCGCCUCUGCUUCCCCUGUAGAGUAGGCAGCUGCCAACUGCCCGUCCUCUGCAGGUGUGAGGUGCUGGGAUCCCGCAUCCCUGCUCACGUCUCCCUUUGCUCUGCCCCUGCUGUGCAUAGGUUGGCACCUCUUACCUGCUGUCAACUCCUCCCCGUCCCUUUGUCUUCCUGGUUGCAUCACUUCCAUUCCUUUGCCCUUUUUCCUGUGGGGUUUCUAGAAAUGAGCCCGUGUGCUCAAGACCCCAUCUUGAACUGCAGGUCCCAUCUGUGCCUUCUCCCUGCUCGUCAGGUGGCUCACUGCUCAGUGGAUGCAUUUGUGAACUUGCCCUGAGUCCUGCUGAGCCGGGGUCUGCCAGCACCGACACGCAGCGCAGUGCCAAGUGAGGAGAGAAGAGCUGGAAUGCCGCAGUGAGGACCGGGGCUCUCCUUCCUCCCCCCUUUUCACCUCCUGCCCCCACGGAGCUACCUUAGAGCUCCUGCCUCCCCCUAUGCUCCAUGGAGUCACCUACUUUCUAGGCUUCCUUUGCCGCCCUCACUUCUUUUGGAAACCAGUGGUCCUUCCACACUGGUGUCGGCCAGCAAACAAACCAGUUGCUCCCUCUGUCGGGUGAUUGUUUGGAACUCAGAGCAAUUUCCCCGGUCAAAUCUGGCCUCUGUGUGGAGCUGGGCUCCCUCCCACCAGGACAGGGAACCAGAGGCGGUCCUCCCUCCCCAUCCCCUAGACAGCCCCGCCGGACACAGGCUGAGGCACCCUUUCUGGGGUUCAGCACAUUUCUCCCAACUCUCCUCACUCAUCCUCGUGCAGUGCUCGUUGUAAGGGUCAAGCUCACAGAAGGCAGAAGGUUUGGAGGCCUGUGUAGUCAGUCUUCAUAAAUUAAAGAUUGUUUGAUAGCCUUGGGGAUCCCAUAAGGGUCUAGCACCUCAUUUAAGAAAUGAGAAAUGGGGUAGCGAUGGUUAUAGCUCAGUGGUGGAGCGCAUGCUUAGCAUGAGCAAGGUCCUGAGUUCAAUCCCCAAGUACCUCUUAAAAAAGGAAGGAGGGAAGGAAGGAGAAGCUAAAGAUCAGGCAGGAGAAAGGACGAGUCACACUGCUGGUCAGUGCCCUCAGGAGGGACAUCUUAAUUCCCAGUGAAGUUCUCUGCAAAACUCCAGCCUGCAGCCACCUCCCUCCUCACCCAGGACUCAGAGCAUCACAGAGCUAAUCGCUCAAACACAAGCCAGAGCAAACAAGCCAAGAGGUAUCUCACGGAGGAUCAGCAUUCACUGUGGCGCCUCUGUUAAGGACUGUUCUCUUACCCCAGUUGUGUCAUUGGAGGGCAGUCUCGUGAUGCGGACUCUUUUGCACAAGCGCGGUUUUUCCUAGUUCUCCACAAGGGCUCCAGAUGGCCCCCUGCAGUUUGGAGCCCUGGCCUGCCCCUCCUUUCUGUUUGGAGACCUUCCUCAGUGAUCUCUGCCCAGUUCCCCGCCUGUGCUCAGCCUCACGUUCUGAAGUCCCCGAGGUGGGCCGCGUGGGUGUUUCAAGCCAACGUGGCUCCUCAGAACCUUCUCAGCGAUGCUCUUGCCAGGACGCAAGAGCACGUGAUGCUCUUCUGGUCCAGAUGUGUUACUUCUCUUGCCCCAGCGUUGCAUAAUCGCUGCUGAAACAGCCUUCGGGGGGAGUCUCAGGCUGCAGCUGCCCAGGGCUGGGCCCCCCCACUGAACAGCAAGCUAUGCAGCUGCUGAGCGGGGCUGCUCUCAGACGAGGGCCAGGACCUGGGCCGAGCGGUUGGAGGCUGAGCACUGGCGUGAGUGGUAGCACGCUUAUUUGUCUCCGCAGCCAGCCUGUGUCAGGAAACCAAGAAAUGAGACGUGGUUUCUUUGCUGGACGUUGAGUCCCACAGAUCUUUUCAGCUCUGCCUCUUGUCAGCCUUCCCCUGAGGACGGACAGUCAGCAGCACAGGGAGGUGAGCCUGACGCACGCAAAGCGUGGACAUGGCCCUGAAUCCAAGUUCCCAUCGCGUGCAGACACCGUGCCUUCAGGCUCCUGGCGAGCUCUGGCCCUCCUGGCCCUGGUGUGUACGGCACCACCGUGCCCACAGGCCUUGAAAAAGCUCCUCCACCUUUGCGGGCGCGACCAGGCUUAGGGUGGGCUUGGUCGAGUAAAGGGGCAAAGGCCUGGAGGUUCUGAGUCCCUGCUUCCCCGAGAGUCAGCAGAGGUCAUCCGAGUUCCGGGGCUCCUCUGACUGUUUUGGAAUUGCCAGACCCCACAGUGCCGGGAAGACCGACUUAGGUGUUUUUAAUCUGUUCUGAGAACCUUGAUGAAAACCCAUCAGGCUAACUGUGAUUCCCAGCCCAGGGGCGUAGCACCAAUGAGCCAGAAUGCAACCUCGUUCAUGGGAAGAAGACAGCCAGUGUUGUGUGCUGUUUGACCACAGGGUUUUUAAAUACACACACAGCUCAGGAAUCUAAGGCCCUGAUCCCCCUGCUAACUUUUUAAAAUCCCUGACCCUCAAAUAUCAAGUCUAGCUUUCAUCCUGCAGGAAUCUCUUUAACCGAACCCUCCUUUGAAAAAAAAAUCACUCCCUUCCCCCUUCCCCAGAAGGUGAAUGGGAUGGAGGAAGAGGGCAGCCAGAUCCAGGUUCGAGUCCCAGCUCUGGAUGGGCAUCUGGAUGACCUUGGGUAAAUGACAUCUCUGCGCAUCUUCUGAGCAGAGUAGACGCAGUACAUGUUUGUUGAAUGAAUAAUAGCUUCCUUGCGAGUGUGCUGUGAUGUUGUAAAAUGCUCAGUAGCUCCUUGUUCGCAGGUCCCCACUCUCCAAGCUCUGACUACACCUCCUUCCAUGACAUUCAGUUUACCAUAGCUUCUCCCCACCUCUCUCCAGGCCACCUCUGCUUUGUCUCUGAUCUAACACAUGCCUUUUACAAGAGGAAGCUGAAGCCAGCAUCUACCCAUUAACUCACUGGACCCUUUAAACAAUCCCAAGAGGUGGUUCUUUCAGAGAGGAAACUACAGCAUGAGGAGGAAGGGUAACAAGGUCAUCGAGCUGGCAGAUGGCAGAACUGCGAACACAGGACUCCUACUUUGAAACGCUGAUUUUCCCCCUAGACUUCACUGCUUAGAAAAGAAAGUUAUGUCUAAUGAGAUGCAGAUUCUCGGUGACUUUGGCCUAGUUGGCAGGGUGGGUGGAAAUCUCAGAUGGGAAGGUGGUGAACUUUAUGAGUCACAUUGCACCCCACCCCCCGACCCUUCACUCUCCUUCCCAAGAUUCUGAAGACUUCGACUGCCCCCCCACCCAAUAUCAAUACUGCUUAAAUAUCAUAAAAAUGACUGAGUAAUACGGUACAUCAACAAUUCCUCAAUUAAAAAAUAAAUUAAAAUAUUUAAAGGACUAGGAUGCUCCAAGUUCAGGUUUUAGCCCAGAGUUGCAAAUUUGCAACCCAACUGACUGCAUCUAAGGGCCUUUAGCAAAAUAAUCUGUGUCUAACAUCGAAGACUUGGGUGACUUUAAAUCACGCCCCGCCCACCCCGCCCCCGCUCUUCACUCUCCACUUGCAACACAUGCUUUCCAGAGUAGGACGUUAGGCCCCCUCCUUCAAAAGCAAACUUCGUUGUGCUGCACGGAGUACAACGGAAACAGGGAUGGAGAACGUGGAUUACUUGGAAGAAGCCAUAAUUUAGGAAUCAUUAUUUUCCUUUGUUUUAGAUUUAAAAGCUGAGAUUUUUUGCUCUGUUGCAAAAACAAAUAGAAAAAUAUCUUUGGAUGGGUUUUGUUUGUUUGUUUGUUUGCAUUUACUUGUUUAAGCCCCAGCAGAAGUCAGUAAGAGCAUGUUCUCUGUUAGACGAUGCUAUGAUGACAGCCGCAAAGUGCCUGUAUCCCUAAAUGUCAUGUAAGGAUUGAAACACUUUUUUAAAGGAAACUUGGAGAGUGUCUGUAACCUAGAGAGUUGACAUUGUUCCAGAGUAGGACAGUGCUGGCCUCAGUAUCAGAAACCCACAUCCUAGCUCUGGCUCACCUGUGGUGACGCCUCGAAUAAUUCACUUACCGUCCUGGGUCGGGAGUUGGAAGACCUCUGUUUCAAAAUCCUUCCUAGGUUUAAAAACCCAAAGAUUAGCAAGGUAGCUUUGUUUUUUGUUGUUGUUUUGGUUUUGGUUUUUCAAUCUCAGUAAGUGGCCUAUUUGCUUAGAAUAAAUGCACCUCUGUAUUUGUCAGUGAAACCCAAAGCUUAGAGCAUUGCUUCCAGCUUUACUAUCUGAGAAAGGUGCCUUCGGAAAUGGUUUGGUAAAAUAAAAGGUAGUCCAUUGAAGGACGUGUGGAUGAAAGUUUGGGGUAGAAUGUAGGAGAUCUGCAUCCUAGGGCUCCCUGCACCAAACUGGUCUCCUUAAAUUAAUCUGCAUCCAAGGCAGUUUUCCGGGGGAAUUCACAAGUUCAGCUGCAGGAAUAUAUGGCCAUAAACAACUGGGCCUUUCUGUUCUUCCCGCCUUUUUUCCCUUCCCCUCGCAGACUCAAAAUACAGAGACACAGAAAUUCCACUCGGAAUCAGAAGCUGCUUGCAGUCGAGCACUGGGUCCCUUAAGCCAAAGACUGGUACGAUUGUGUAGAAUGUCCCGGGGUGGGGGUGGGGCAGCGUGGUACUGGGGGGAGAAAGGGGCAUGAUGCAGAGACCCUUUGCCCUCAAAAUUGCACAGUAGGUUAGCUGCCUGUAUCACCUGCAUUGGUGCUGGUAACAUCAGCCAAAGAUGAGCAGUGUAAGUGGAAGAAUGGUUGUUCGCCACCCUGCCUUGUCCGGAUAAAUGAUUAAACCUGGAAACAGGAGUUUGUUCGGAGCAUAUUGUAUUGAAAGAUGAUAGGUGUUUAUUUUUUCAAGGUCUGUAAUAUGUUUAACAGAUUUCAUGCUAUAGUUUCUUUUAAUGUCAUGGCAGGACUGAAUUGAUAAUGUCUGAACAUUUUUACUGAGCGCUCUAAGAGAACUAUUGAAAAACAGCGAAAUGUUAAUUUUGUAGUACGAGAAUUAUUUUCUCUAUUUAGUAUAUACAUAGCUGUAGCUUUGUAAAAAGGUAUCUUUGUAAAAAAAAAUGGUAUGGACGUGCCCUCUUAUUUAUUGAUUAUUGUAAAUGAAGAUAUAAAUGACUAUUUGCAUAAUUUAUACCCGUGGGAAAUUAACUGGAGUAUUUGUUACAUGACUGUUUUCUAUCAAGGACUAUUAGGCUUGGUGCUAUGAUGAAUGGUCUUGUAAAAUUCUAUGUAUUCUUAAGAAAAAUUUUGAGUAUAAAUUUCACGAAUAGACCA